AUGUCGUCAAGAACUAAAAAGAUUUUGUCUAUGAUCGAAAAUAAAAGUAGGUCCGUCAAAAAUGAAUACAUUAAUAAAGAUAAAACUGCCAUGCCCUCUACCGAAGAAGUUCCUAGCACUGAAAAAACAUGUGAUAAUUCCAUGAUCUGUGAUACACUUACAACAACCCAUAAAAAAUCUGAAAACGAUACACUUGAAGAUCAAGAAAACUUCGAGCAGAUUCUUGGCAUAGCUGAAUCUAUUCAUAUAAACAAUGGAUCUACCAUUGAAGCUAAUGGUGAAAUACAAAAAACUGACAUGCCCUCCACCGAAGAUGUUCCUAGCACUGAAAAAACAUGUGAUAAUUCCAUGAUCUGUGAUACACUUACAACAACCCAUAAAAAAUCUGAAAACGAUACACUUGAAGAUCAAGAAAACUUCGAGCAGAUUCUUGGCAUAGCUGAAUCUAUUCAUAUAAACAAUGGAUCUACCAUUGAAGCUAAUGGUGAAAUACAAAAAACUGACAUGCCCUCCACCGAAGAUGUUCCUAGCACUGAAAAAACAUGUGAUAAUUCCAUGAUCUGUGAUACACUUACAACAACCCAUAAAAAAUCUGAAAACGAUACACUUGAAGAUCAAGAAAACUUCGAGCAGAUUCUUGACAAAGCUGAAUUUAUGUAUAUAGACAAUGGAUCUACCAUUGAAUCUAAUGGUGAAAUACAAAUAAAUGAAAAUCCAGAAAAUGUAAUAAUUCAAGGAAAUUCAUUUUUGAAUUUGGUAGAUUUUGUUGAAAGUGAUGAAGUCAAUAAUAUUAUUAAUAUUUUCAAUGUAACAGAAGUUCAAUCCAAUUUGGAAACAGAAGAUGACAGCAAUAUUCAAGAGCCUAUGGAAAUAGACUUUGAACCUGAGCUACAUGAAACAAGCAGAAAUGACAGUGAAAGAGAAGAUAGGGAUUAUGAACCCGAAGCAGAACAAAGUGACGAAGAAUCGGAAGAAGAUAUGGAAGCUGAGGAAGAAGACAUGGAAGCCGCGAACCAAACUCCGUUAAUGCAUGAAGAAGCUUCUACAAUUGGUAUUAAUAGUUAUAGGAAAAGAAAUCAAAAUCUGAGAGUUACGGGACAAAAGUACGUGGGAUUUCGACGACCAAGAAAUCAAAAACUCACAUUUCAAGAUGUUGAAAGAAAUGCAAGACUUAUGGGUCCAAGCUGUACUUCUGCAGCUUCAUUUUGGGAAAAUCUGCCAACUUGGGAACAGAAGAAAGUGUAUGUUAUGAACUUGGUUUCUAAAAAGGAAAAAGAAAGACAAAGGACCGAUGCUGAAGUUUCUAGGAGAAAUGAAAGUAUGUUUUACUCAUUGAAUAUUGGCGACCGAAAUGUACAAGUAUGUAAGAAAAUGUUCUUAGGAACACUAGGUCUAAAAGAAUGGAUGGUAUCGAAUUGGGUAAAUAACUCAACUUACGGGACAGAAAAAACGACAUCGAAAAGAAAUUCAGCGCGUCUUGUAAAUGAAGAGAGUGUAGAGUUCCUAAAGUCGUUUUUAGAUAAUCUUCCGAAAUUGCCCAGUCACUACUGCCGUAAAGAAACAAAAAAACUAUAUUUACAAGAAACAUUUGGAAGCUUUUCUGAGUUGCACAAAUUGUACCAACAACACUGUGAUAGCUCAAAUCAGAAAGGUUUAUCAAGAAAUACUCUGAUGAAAUACGUGAAAGAGAAAAAUAUCGGCAUAUUUAGUCCUCGCAAGGAUCAAUGUGAUUUGUGUGUAGAAUAUCAGGCAGGAAAUCUAGAACAGGAAACAUGGGAAAAACAUAGGCAAGAUAAAGAGAGAGCACAACAAGAAAAAGUCAAAGACAAAGAAGAGGCUAAAAAUAACAAUUGCCACGUACUAUGUAUGGAUUUACAGGCUGUAAAAACAUGUCCCUAUCUACAAGCAAGUUCGUUGUACUUCAAAACUAAAUUAUGUUGCCACAAUUUCACAGUUUAUGAUCUUAAUACCAAAGAUGCUACUUGCUAUUGGUUUGACGAGACUGAUACAGAUUUACAAGCUUCUGCGUUUGCAUCUUUACUAGUAGAUUUCUUGCAAAGAAAAUUUUUGAACAUUCCUGGUGAGAAAAAGCCUAUAAUUAUCUUCUCUGAUGGUUGCACCUAUCAAAAUCGCAACUCUACAAUGGCAAAUGCACUGCUUUCACUUUCAACAACAUACAAUGUGACUAUCAUACAAAAAUAUUUGGUGAAAGGACAUACAAACAUGGAAUGCGACAGUGUGCAUGCAACUAUCGAGAAAAAACUAAAAAACAAGACUAUAUCAGUACCUCAUGACUUCCAACGGAUAACUGAAGAAGCUAGAAAAAAUCCCAAUCCUUAUGAAGUGAUGUCACCAAGCUUCGAUUUCUUCAAAAACUAUAAUAAAGACUUGGUAUAUGAAUCGAUUCGCCCUGGAAGAAAACCAGAUGACCCUACAGUGACCAAUAUUCGAGCCUUAAAAUAUGAGCGUGGAGAAAUACAUUACAAACUAGAUUUCAACGAGAACUUCCUUCCUCUUCCUCAGCGUCCAAAAAGAAGCAUUAAAAAAAUUGAUGAAUUUCCCAGACUAUUUACUGGAAAACUUCCAAUUACGAAACAAAAAUUCACACACCUUCAACAAAUAAAAACUAAACUGAACUCAAACUUUUGGUCAUUUUAUGAUAACUUAUUACAUAAAUAA